GGGGAGAAGAAGAAGAAGACUGAAUAACGCAUGACAUUCUAUUUUGAGGCCUUUCUUUAUUUAUUAGAGUGAUUGGAGUAGAGACGUGGUAGAGACAUGUACUUGAUUCUGAUUGGAGGCACCAUUUGAUCAGUUGGUUUCUGUCGUUUCUGUCACUAUUUUAUUAAUUUGUCAGUAGUGUCAGGGGAGUUUCAUCAUACCGUUAUCUUUAUUAGCCGUAUUCCAAAUUAUCCGGGCAAAUAGUAUACAUUUUUCUUAUUUUCCAUAUCAGCGAAUAAUUCAAAACAUCUUUUACAAUGCCACGAGGUAAGUUUACCAACCAUAAGGGGCGCAGUCGCAGAUUUACCAAUCCCGAUGAAUUGGAGGAAGAAAGAAGGAAGGAGGAACAAAAAAAGAAAUGGAGGCAGCAACACGGAGACGAAAGUAGCAGCGAAGAAGAAGCAGAGAAAAAAAUUAGUGAGGAAUCGGGAAGCGAGGAGGAAGAAAGCAGUAGCGAUGAAGAAGACACAGGGAAAGCGAAGGGCGUUUCCAGCUUAAUUGAAAUAGAGAAUCCAAACAGGGUCCAGAAAAAAAUGAAGAAAAUUACAAAAUUAGAAACUGCCGAUUUAGCUGAUAAGCCACAAUUAUCUCGAAGAGAAAGGGAGGAAAUUGAAAAGCAAAAAGCCCAAGCUCAUUAUCAAAAGCUUCAUGCGGAAGGCAAGACGGAGCAAGCUAGGGCUGAUUUGGCUCGUUUAGCGAUAAUUAGGCAACAACGGGAAGACGCGAAGAAACGUCGUGAGGCUGAGAUUAAAGAAAGAGAAGAUGCUGCGAAAGCCAAAAGUGCAGCUACUCAAAAAGCGCUGGGAAAAAAGUAAUUUUAAGAUUUAACUUAGGAUUUUCACUUUGUAACCAGUGACCCGGUUAUUUUUUUAAAUGUAGAAUUAAUUUUUGCUGGCCGGAUGCGAAAUUGAAUUCGACCUAUUUGAUCAAUAACAAACCAGUUUAAUGCAAUACAUUUUUAGACCAAAAUACGAUUUGCACUUUGUGCUUAAAAUUUUUCUUUUAAGCCAUACUAUUUCAAUUUGUUGAGACAUGAUAUGUGUUUUUAUAAUAAUAAACUAUAAAAGUUA